GCACUCUUUGGAAAAAAACAUUGCCGGUGUCAUACAGGCCUUUCCUUUUUGUUUGUAAACAUUGGCGCCAUUUUGUAUGGGCUGCCGUAAAGCGCAUAAAUUGAAGCCGUGGUUGGCAACAUAUUUUUCCAAAAAAAGUCCUCAUAACGCCAUCAACACAUAGUACAAAGGCAUAUGUGGGAAUUAUUUUGUGUAGCGUUGUUUAUACCCGUGUCAAGCACACACCGGCGAACUCUACCCAUGAUUCGACUUGAAAGUUAAACAUUUAUAUAAACUUGAACUAACGGAAUGAAGAAAUUUGCUGUACUCGGAGCCACUGGGGAAACAGGGCAACAGCUUCUAAAGCUGGCGUUAGGGGAAGGACAUGAAGUAGUGGCUUUAUGCAGAAAUCCAUCGGGACUGAACGUUACUCAUGAAAAAUUGAAGGCUGUGCAAGCAGACGUGUUCUCCAUUGAUUCGUUGAAGCAACACUUCGUUGAUUGCGAUGCCAUUUUCUCCUGUCUUGGAAGGUCGACCUCGUAUACCAGACUAGAGUCCACUUUCUACUGUGAUACCAUGAAAGUAAUCACUCAGGCUAUGAGGGAGGCUGAAAUCAAGCGGCUUGUUUGCAUGACCUCAUGGGCUACGGAUUAUCGGCGGAGUGAGCCUGGCACAUUCCUCGUGGAACGGGUGUUGAAGCCGUUUAUGCGACUGACUAUCGGCAGAAUCCUUGAUGACAUGCAACGAAUGGAGAGAUAUCUGAUUGACGAUUGUCAGGACCUCAACUACACUAUUGUCAGACCACCAGGCUUAACCAAUGGACCACUCAGUGGUGCAGCAGUGGAAUGUGAGCAGGAGGGGCAAUAUGUGUAUUCAGUCUCCUGGAGGCGCAUCUGGAUGUCUCGUGCUGACGUGGCCAACUUCAUGCUGUCCACACUCAACUCUGCUGAUCAUGACCAGAAAACAGUCGCCAUAGCUGUACUGUAAGGAGUACAAAUGUGGCGACUGAAUAGAGUCUAGUCUCUGUGACAAUCUACUACACAGUGGUAGUGGUUUGACCAAUACAGGCUCCAACUUAAUCAGCCUUGAAUCCAGGGGCCCGUGAUCGUUCCUUACACUAACCCCUGGCUGUGAUGAUGACGUAAAUGACGCUGAAUGGCUAUUCACAGCGUACUGCGCGGGCAUUUCGAAGAUUGCACGCUGGGCGCGCCCGUAAUGCGCUCGCACUCGCGUGCUUAGCUUUGCAC